CCCCGAUUCAGCCGCCUGGUUUCCGCACGGAUUGCUUAUCCGAACGCACAGGGUACUCAGCAGUGUGAAUUGAGGUUAAAUUACAGUCGCUGGAACCCUGGGUCUGGAAAGUGAUUGCCGCUGCGAGGACAUGAGCUCGGCCGCCUGUAAUACGCUGUUGCGCGUGUAUCGGCAGAGCAGCAGGACGUGUCCACCGUGGAUAUGGAAACGAGAGAGUCACUGGCAGACGUCCCUAUUAACCCUUCGCUCGACUCUCCCUAUGAGGGCAGAGCCUAAGAAAAAGAAAAAGGUGGAUCCAAAACGAGAACAGGCAGUCAGGGAACGCAUGAAGAAAAGACUUAAGAAACUGGAACGUAUCCCUCCUCAGCUCAUCCCCAUUGAGGACUUUACAAGACCAGCAAUGCUCCUAGAUGAAACCCGAGUCCGAACCGCUCCACAAAUCCCUCCAGAGGAGCAGGAGAGGAGAGCACUGCUGAUGAAGACCUGGGCACUGCACAAGCAAAAAGAGCAUGAAGCAGAACUCAAGGGUGUGGAGUCUCUUGUGGAAUCUCAACGGGAGGCUCUCCAGGAACUGCGCCUGGAGUCCGAGGACCUCUACAAUGCAGCUGUGUUAAGUGAUCCAGGACUUCUCCCGCUAGAGAGUAAGGGGCCAUGCCACACUCCCCCUAUCCCCCAAUACAGUGCACCUGAAGGGAAAUAUAAUGAUAUCACCAAAGUAUACACGCAGUAAGAUUAUAGUGGUAAAGACUUGUUUGUAUUGGUAUCUGUAUUUUAAAGAGUAGGGUAGAAUAUGCUGCAAUUAGAAUAUGAGCCAAAUGUGGAUUUUAAGAAGUCAAUUAAAAAAUGAUGGAACUUUUUUUUAUGUAUAAAUACUAUAAUGUAGAAUGCAAAUAAAUUCUAUGUUGUAAAUGCAGCAACAAAAACAUAAAGCAAAGGGUUGUUUAGAUCUGUCACUAUGUAGUUGUCAUUUGAGCUCUUUCACCUAUAGCUGUGGUAUGCAAGGCUACUUAACUCUUUAUUUUAAUGCAUUUUCAUAAUAAAACAUUGCUGACACAAA